CUAAUUACUAUAAGACACAAGAAAUCAAGUUUAAGAAAGUAGUUCUACUUGCCCAAGCAUGGAGUCUCAGAGUGUUGGCCAACCUUCUCUCAGCACUGAUAACAAGCCAAACUGCAAGUGCUCAGACGGAUGGAUAUGCACCAUUACGAAAACAGAGCCAUCUAAAGUCGGUAAACCGUUUGCAAAUUGUGGUGGAAGUGGAUGCACCUGUGUCACUGACAAAAGUGUGGCACAGACAGUCAAAAGCUGUGCAUCAGCCAAAGCAUUCUGCGAGUGUGGUGAAGGUUGGUCUUGUGUUGUUUCCAAAACUGAUGGCCCUGAUGCAGGAAAGACCUACUUUGAGUGUGGGGAAGGUUGUAUUUGUGUGAUCGAUGAAACAAACACUGUGAAGGUUGUAUGUGCUUGAGUUGCUUCAUGUCUUCAAGUAAAAAAAAACACAAAUUUGAUCUGCUUUAGUAUUCAAUUACUUAAAA